GUUUGGGUCCCACAUGUCAUGCAGGCCACUCCAUUUCCCCAUUCCCCCGAUUCCACACGGCCACACCAUGGCUACCAGCUCCGGCAACCCCGCCGCCGCCGGCGACCCAGCGGCGUCCUCAUCAGCACAGAACCCACCGCACCACCCUACACCCCGCAUCUCUCACAUCGUGCGCACCUACCUCGACCUCUCCUCCAAUCCCAAGAAGCGCCGUGCCGCUCCCAAGAACAAGCAGCCCAAGCCCGGCGGCGCAGAGACUCCGGCCGCCGGAGAACACAAGGGAUGCGGCCCCUCGGGGGUCGCCGCCUCGGUGCAUCCUUCGCGGCUGCUCCGGGAGCUGGGCAUCCGGGUCUCCCGCUACACGCACGAGGAGCGCCAGGACAUCAUCACCCGCUACAUGCAGAAGCGGGGCGGCCGCCCGGGCGUCAACCGCGCCGCGUCUAAGGUCCCUUCUAGGCAGGCCCUGGCGGGGCGGCGCCGGAGGGGGGCCGGUGGGAAGUUCCUCGGCAAGGACGACGUGGAGACUGCAGAUAAACCUGAAGAGAAGGUAGAAGAAGAGCCAGAAUUGCCACCAGAAGUUGUCGCGAACGCUGGAGGAGUGCCCAUAGUUGGAAUGGUUUUUGAGAGUGAAGAGAAAGCAUAUGAGUAUUAUGUUAGUUAUGCAGGAAAUGUAGGAUUUAGUGUCCGAAAAGGAUUGUGGGAUAAAACAGUGAAAAGUGCCAGUAGAUCAAGGGCUUAUGUCUGCUCUAGAGAGGGCUUUCGCUCAAAGAAUGACGCCAAGAGACCUCGCCCGGAGACAAGGAUGGGUUGCCCUGCACAGUUAGCUAUUAAACUAGCGUCUAACGGGAAAUACCGAGUGACCAAGUUUGUGCAGGAUCAUAAUCACCAGCUUGCUGGACCAUUUGAUAUUGGGAUGCUGAAGUCGCAGAGAGUGCUGUCGAAGUUUCAAGCUGGAAACAGAAUAGCCAAUAACAUUCCUCCAGGGUACAAGAAUUAUCUUCGAACCAAGUCUACGAAAGAUAUGAACUCAGGGGAUUUGGGAGAUCUGAUGGAGUAUUUUCGAAGUAUGAAGAGUGAUAAUCCAUCUUUUUACUAUGCCAUCCAGGUGGAUGCAAAUGACAAAGCAGCUAAUUUUUUCUGGGCUGAUGCGAGGUCAAUUCUGGACUAUCAUUAUUUCAGUGAUGUUAUCUGCUUUGAUAUGACCUACAAAAUGAAUAACUCCAGCAGACCAUUAUCUUUAUUUUUAGGUAUGAACCAUCAUAGGCAAAUGGUCAUAUUUGGUGCAGCUUUCCUUUAUGAUGAAACUGCUGAAUCUUUCAAGUGGCUUCUCGAGACCUUUAAAAGUGCCAUGUGUGGGAAACAGCCAAAGACAAUUUUGACAGGUCGAUCUACUACUUUGAAGGAAGCACUGAGUCUCACUUGGCCUGGUACAAUUCACCGAUCUUGCGUGUGGCAAAUAUACCAGAAUGCCAUUAGGUGCUUAGGACAUCUUUUCAGUACUUCAGAAGAAUUUGCACAUGAUUUUAGUCACUGUAUAUUUGAUGUCGAGGAUGGCCAAGAGUUUGUUGACACAUGGGAUGCCAUAAUCGAGAAGUACAACCUUAAAGAAAAUGAAUGGUUAAAUGAGCUUUAUGAAGAUCGGGAGAAUUGGGCCUUGCCAUACGGCCGACAAAUAUUCUCUGGGGACAUUAAAAGCAUGUUACAAGCAGAAACCUUUGGCGUUAUGGUCAAAGAAUACUUGGAUUGCAAGAAAGAGCUAUCUUAUUUACUGAAGUUUUUGGGAAGCUCAGUUGAGAAGAGGAGACAAGAAGAGAUACAAGCUGAUUACAAAGCCAGUCAAGGGACACCGGGAACACCUCAACCACUGCUCUGGCAAGCUGCAAAUAUGUAUACGCCAAUAAAUUUUGAGUUAUUUAUGAGGGAGUAUGAACUAUGUAUGGACUGUAUGGUUUAUGGUUGCGGGGAGUUUGGCUCUCUUUCUGAGUAUAUGGUUACGGUUAAGAACAAAACAAGAGAACAACUUGUACAGUUUGACUCAUCAGAUGGCACAAUUGCAUGUACAUGUAAAAAAUUUGAAACCACUGGAAUUUUAUGCUGCCAUAUAUUAAAGGUGCAUGAAUUGAGGAAUGUUAAAGAGAUCCCCGCACAGUAUUUUCUGAAGAGAUGGAGUAAAGAUGCAAAAAUGGGGACUGUUGAUGAGAUCAGUGGAUUUAAUUUUGACACUGACACAGGAUCUUCUGUUCCAGAGCGUUAUGCAGCUCUUUGCCGUUUGUUCUAUAGGAUUGCUGCUAAGGCUGCAGAGAACGUAGAGGUAUUUGCACUGGUAGCAAGCCAGUCGGAUCAACUUGUUGAAGGAGUCGAACGAAUUUUGCAAUCUACACUGGCUGAUCAGUCAUCUGUUGUCCAUUCUAUUAAGGACCAAUUAACUCGUAUGGUUCAAAAUGAUUAUCUCCUUGGUAGUAGCAAUGAAGUUCAGAAAUCUAUUGGAAAGAAGAAAGGUCAAGUUGCUCGUGGAAACGGUCUGGAAACGAAUAAAAGGCAGAGAGCAAGAAAAGGCCAUCCUGACGAAGCAGUGGCUGGACCAAGAGAUGGGGAACUGAAUGUUACACCUGAGAGUAUGCAAACAGAAACAAGGAAUGUUACUGAUCAGUUCCUUCCAGAUCAACUAAUGCAGGAACAUUAUGCACUUGGCCACAACUUUGGUGUUAGUACCUCACAGAACCUCCAUGAUAGUUUAAACCAGUUUGGUCAGGCUUCCGCAGUUUCAACGAUGCAACGGCAGCCAUUCCCCGGGAAUGGUCAAGUAACUCAAGACUAUCCUGGUGACAUGCAUGCGUUGCAGUUUGUGGAGACAAAUCCCCAAAUCGACAGUGAGAAUGGUGAUCAGGAUCAGUCAUCAAUACCAGUGUGGGAUUUUCUCCGAUGUGCAUCUUCUCAUGACUUACACACAUCACCUCGGUGAUUGUCGACGUUUUAGAUGGGUUCACCAGAGCCUGCUUUUGGAUAAGUGGUUCAGUUAUAUGUGCUACCGUAUCGGCCUUUCCUGCAUGAAAGAGGCAGCUGCGUGCCUAGAUUUGAAGAACAUAGCUGGCAUCUAGAUAGUGUGUUUUUUUUUCUCUUUCCCAUCUACUGGAUGGAUAUGAGCUUGCUUGACAUAGAUAGCUUCCAUGGUCAAAUUCAUUGUACUCUGCCCUGAGUGGCUGAGUUCAUAUGUAAUUGGCUACCUUGUACAUACAACCUGUCGCUAAAAUCGUAUCUUUUCCCAAGACUCCCA